UUCUGUAAAUCAUCCGAAAUGUUUUGAAUCUUUUUUGUUAACUACACGUGAGGUUAGGAUGUAAGGAAUGCUUGUAAAAGAAUCGAGGAAACGUUCGUGAUUGCUUUCAAGAUCACUUCAUUUAAAUAUUACCAAUUGAAAUCCAACGUCUUAAUUUCAAGUGCAGCACGAGUUGAUCAAUCGAUGUCUCAUAUCACAUGAAUAUGAAAGAAAAAAACAUGAUUCAUCAAUAAUCAUUAUCAUCUAAAUAUUUUCAAGAUCUUAAUUGAAUAUUCUACAAUCAUAGCUAAGUAUGAAGCACAGAUCUCGGUUAAUGUCAAUAGUAUGAAGCUGCAUACAUGUUCGCUAUAUAUCUUCUUGUUAUUUUCAUUCUGUAUCCUGCAUGGUUUGAGUCAUAAUAAUUUAAAUAGCAGCUGUCAAAGACAUGACUGUACGACUAAAUCUGUACCAUAUAAAACACACGUAUCUUCAGGCUCCUCAUGUCAUGAGACCCAAGAAAUUCAAAUCAUGUUUUCUUCUAACAUAAUUGAAAAUGAAUAUAUAAUCAAAUUUAAGAAUUACUAUCAAGCAUCUGCACGAAAAAAUUAUAUAAGAGCUGCGUUAAAUUUAUUUAAUAUUGAAAAUUGGAAGAUUAUACCACGCAACAAUGCAGCAUCCUUAUACCCUAGUGAUUUUGAUAUUAUACACUUGGAAGAAACAGAUAAAUACGAAGGACUUAAAGCUUUAAGUAAUCAUCCACUUGUAAAGACUGUGUCACCACAGAAACUUAUACAUAGGACUUUAAAAUUUAUUAAUACAAGUAAUGUUGAUGUCUUGCAAAUAGAAAAUACUAGGAGAAAGCUCAAUAAUAAUAAUUCUGGGCAAUCGACAAGUCGACAUACAUCUCGAAAAUUACUAAGAGCUAUACCAAAACAAAUUACAUACCUCCUUGAAGCUGAUAUACUAUGGAAAAUGGGUAUUACUGGGAAGGAUAUAAAAGUAGCUAUAUUUGACACUGGACUUGCUGCUAGUCAUCCACAUUUCAGGAAUAUUAAAGAGAGAAUAAAUUGGACAAAUGAAAAUACUCGAGAGGAUGGCCUGGGUCAUGGGACAUUUGUAGCUGGUGUUAUUGCAUCUUCUUCUAAAGACUGUUUAGGUUUUGCUCCAGAUGCAGAUCUUUAUAUUUUUCGUGUUUUUACAAAUGCUCAGGUAUCUUAUACCUCAUGGUUCUUGGAUGCAUUCAACCAUGCUAUAUUUCGAAAAGUGACAGUGUUAAAUCUUAGCAUUGGUGGUCCAGAUUUCAUGGAUCAACCAUUUAUCGAUAAAGUAUGGGAGGUUACAGCUAAUGGUAUCAUUAUGGUUUCAGCAAUUGGCAAUGAUGGACCUUUAUAUGGGACGUUAAAUAAUCCUGCCGAUCAAAUGGAUGUGAUUGGUGUAGGAGGUAUCAAUUGGGAUGAUCAAAUAGCGAGAUUUUCUUCACGUGGUAUGACCACAUGGGAAUUACCUCAUGGAUAUGGUAGAAUCAAACCUGAUCUGGUCAUAUAUGGAUCAGGAGUAAGGGGCUCUGCUUUACAGAAUGGAUGCAGAAGCCUUUCUGGUACUUCUGUUUCUAGUCCCGUUGUUGCCGGUGCGGUUGCGCUCUUAGCUAGUGCAUUUGUAGAGACAAAUGGAUCUAGAAUUAAUAAUGAGAAGGUAACACCAGCGAGUAUAAAACAAGCAUUAUUAAGUUCAGCUCGCCGCUUGCCCGGAGUUGGUAUUUUCGAGCAAGGUGCAGGAAAAUUAGAUCUCCUGCGAACAUUUAAUUUCUUACAAUCGUAUACUCCUGUUGUUACGCUCUAUCCAAGCUAUAUAGAUUUAACAGAGUGUCAAUAUAUGUGGCCGUAUUGUACUCAAGCUAUAUACCAUACUGGUAUGCCCACAAUAGUCAACGUAACUAUAAUAAAUGGUUUGGGCGUAGCUGGAAAUGUAGUAAAUCUUACCUGGCAUCCAUAUGCUGGUAACGGCAAUGGUGAACAUAUUGAUGUGGCGAUGACAUAUAGUGAUGUCUUAUGGCCAUGGUCCGGCUGGUUAGCAAUUGCUAUAACAGUUCCUUCGACAUCUCAUGACUGGCAGGGCAUCGCACAAGGUCAUAUCUCGCUUACCAUUGAAAGUGAUGGCGCGGGUAAACCGCGACAAUCAACGGUAAUGCUUCCAUUGCAAGCAAAAGUCAUACCCACUCCACCUAGACAGAAACGUAUUUUAUGGGAUCAGUAUCAUAACUUGCGGUAUCCACCCGGAUAUUUCCCCAGAGACGAUCUGCGCGUAAAAAACGACCCGCUUGACUGGAAUGGAGAUCAUAUACAUACUAAUUUUAAAGAUAUGUAUCAACAUUUACGUAAUGCCGGAUAUUAUCUUGAAGUACUUGGUCAUCCGUUUACUUGCUUUGAUGCAAAAAAUUAUGGAACUCUGCUUAUCGUGGAUACAGAAGAAGAAUUUUUUCCUGAAGAAGUGAUAAAGUUAAAACGAGAUGUAGAGGAUGGCCUAUCAGUAAUCCUAUUUGCAGACUGGUAUAAUACAGCAGUCAUGCGAAAAAUCAAGUUUUACGAUGAAAAUACCCGUCGAUGGUGGAUACCGGAAACGGGAGGUGCUAAUAUUCCUGCUAUAAACGAUCUGCUUUAUCCCAAUUGGGGUGUGGCGUUUGGCGAUGAAGUACGAAACGGUCAGUUCAUCCUUGGCCAGCAUGCACCAGUCACAUUCGCAUCUGGUACUACACUAAUUAGAUUUCCAAAAGAUGGAGUCCUUUUGUAUGUAGAGUUAUAUGAUCAAGGUCGAGAGCUUUUGGAAAAAGACACAGGGAUAUCUACACUUGUGCCAAUUCUUGGACUUUUACAAAUAACAAAUAAAAAGAAUGUAAAAAUGGCAUAUAAUAAGAAGCUCGAUAACGAAGCAGGUGAAAAUGAAGGAAAAAAUAUUGUCAAUGAAGAGACAAGCAUGUCUGGUAGACUCGUUGUUUAUGGAGAUUCAAAUUGUAUUGAUGACAGCCAUUUACAGAAAUCCUGUUUUUGGAUGCUCGAUGCUAUCUUAGAAUACACAACAACAGGUUACGUACCUACUGUUUUCAUGGAUGAAAGUCAAAAAAAGCAUAAAACUGUUAAAACAACUAGUAAUAUGAAGAUUGGAGAAUUACCAUAUCGAAUGAAAGAAAAUCAUUUUGGUCGUCAUAGUAAAGUAUUAACAACUGAUGAGUCAACAGGCACUUUCAGACCUCUUCCAUUAUGUGCCACUCCCAUCCAUGCUGUACCCAUGCCAAUCAAUGAAUCCGUGCCAAUAGAACUUUACAAGCCUCAAAAGUUGCUCCCUAUAGGAGAUACCAUGAGCGCAGUAAAUUCAGUAUUGCAAGACACAGAUACUUUAUGGCUUAAGAGACGAGUCGGUGGUGCUAGUAUGCCCACAUUACAUCUUGAUAUUGAUGUUAUGACCUACGAUGUAAAAGAAAAUCAGGGAAAUGAACAAGUGAUUGUUUAUCAAUGGAGUUACAUAAUAAUAAUUAUUAUUAUAAUGAUAAUUAUUAUAUAUUUAUGGAAUUGUUUAGGAUUGAACAGACAUUCACGCAGGAAACGUACUAUACUCAGACUAUUUAGAGCCAUUCGAGCUCUAGUUGUACGCAGGAUACCAGGACAAAUGUAGCUUGAUAAUUUCACAGAAAUCGUUUACUAUGCGUUGUACAUAAGAUUCAUAAUUAAUUUAAUUUUUUUAAUGACUAAUAUUAUCUAUCAAAAAAUUUACAUGCGAAAUAGAUUAUACGUGCCUUUAAAAUGUGUAAUAUGCAACAGGAAUUUGUAGAUUAUAUAAAUUUUGAUAUAAAAAA